AUGGGUCCCAAUCAAAAUGGUACAGUUUCCAUAAUCUCAGACACAUGGACAGCUGAAGAGAUAUUCGAAGCCACAUACACCGUGGCUACCUUCAUUCUAGGGUUCACAGGAAACCUGUUUGUACUAAUAACGUCCCACCUCUACAACUCCAUCGACAUGGACGCAGUUACCAUCGUGUUUGUCAGACAACUAGCGGUGGUGGACUUUCUCGUCAUCAUCAACACAGUCCUACCUACCGUCAUCACCAUGUUUACAGGGAGGUGGAUCCUAGGAGACCUGCUCUGCGACAUCACUGGACACUUCAACUUUAUACCUGUCAUGGUGAAUAUCUACCUCGUUCUCAACUUGUCCAUUUUCAAGAUCCUGAUGUGCAAGAUGCCGUUCAGGAUGCGUGAUCUCACCACAACUCAUGCCUGGCUGUUGGUCCUACUGUCUUAUCUCCUUGCUGGGAUGGAGUUAUUUGAAAGUAUUUUCCUGGCCAAGAGCGGAAUGUAUGCUCCCCCAGUUAGCAGAUGCAUUAGUAAGAUUUAUGUUACCCACCCUACUCUGAUGCUGUGGAACGCUGCCAUACCUGUUGGAGUUCCCCUACUGGCAAUCAUUUUCUGUAACCUUUGGAUCUACAAGGUGGCCAGAAAAGUAGUGAGAGCCAGGGGUCAAGGGUCCCAUUCCCGAGCUCUGCUCACGAUCUGUGCAGUUUCUGGUCUCUUUGUUAUCUCGUGGACCCCCAAGUUGAUCUACGUCACCGUGGUGACAAUCACUAAGAAACAGAUCCCUUGGGCAGUGAAGAUAUCACAUUUCUUUCCUUUCAUCAACUCAGUGGGAAACCCCUUCAUCUACACAUUUACCAACAAACGGUACAGUGAGUUUGUGUUCAACCUCUUCACAAAGUUCAAGAUUACCGCAGCUGAGACGUCAUCUGGAAUCUUCACUAAGAUGUCAGAGUUAAAGUCCAGCCGAGCAGUCAGCUCUCCAGGAGUCACCUCUAAAUGCCACAGAGGAAUAGGAGAGGCUAACUCAAGCGUAGUAAAAAGACCUCUAGACAAACUAGCUGGUCCCUCUACUGAUGCAGCUUUCGGUGAGAGAUCUUAUGGAAAUAAGGAAGAACUGCAGAUUCUAAGUAAGAGGAAACUAAAGGAGAAUGGCGAUACCGAAACAGACGAUGGGAUAAGAACAGGGCAGCUAGAUAUUGAAGAGAAAUCUUUAGGAAGCAGUGACGAACUGCUGGAAAACGAGGGACUACCACAGAACAGAACCAAUCAUCUCCAAAACGGAGAGGUGCCGGAGACCCGGAUAAUACUUCCAGACAAAGAAGCAUUGCUGGAAAAAAGAGAGCUGCAAGAGCAAGGAAUGUCGCAGGAAAACGGAGAACCAUUGGAGGAACCUCUAGAAAGAGAGGAAUUGAUAGACAACAGUCUAAACCCGGAGCAAGAGGACCUAUUGGGCGUGUACAUUGUUGGUUCAAUGACUGACUUGGACUCAAUACAGUGA